UCUCGUCGCAAGAGACAGAUGGGAACGCAUAUCAGAUUAUCUGUCGUUUUUAGCGUUCAAGUUCAGCCUUCCACCUUCAAUCCCAUUAUCGUCUUCACUUCACCAAACUCACCCACUCAUUUCUCCAUUCUCCCCUCCGCAAUCCACUUCCCUUCUACGUUCUCCAGGUCUUUCUCUCUCUGUACCUUAUAGUUUUUUAGCGCCAAACAGAUAUGGCAGAAGGUGGGAGUGGAUCCCCGAAGCGUACAGUGACUCCAUAUGAUGAAGCAAUGGAUGCUUUAUCGUCUUUGAUAACGAAACGCAGUCGUGCUGAUAAGAGCAACAAGGGGGAUCGCUUCGAUUUGCUUUUUGAUUAUUUAAAGAUGCUGAACCUUGACCAGGCUAUCUCAGAAAUGAAGAUCAUACAUGUGGCAGGCACCAAAGGAAAGGGAUCUACGUGCACCUUCACAGAAUCUAUACUUCGUAAUUGUGGCUUCCACACAGGACUUUUCACAUCUCCUCACCUCAUUGAUGUUCGUGAAAGGUUUCGUUUGGAUGGUGAGGACAUUUGUGAAGAAAAAUUUUUGGCAUACUUCUGGUGGUGUUAUGAUAGACUUAAGGAAAAAACUACUGAAGAUAUACCAAUGCCCACUUACUUCCGCUUUCUUGCGUUGCUUGCCUUCAAGAUAUUUGCAGCAGAGCAGGUAGAUGUUGCUAUUUUGGAGGUUGGGUUAGGUGGAACGUUUGAUGCAACAAAUGUGGUUCAAACGCCUGUAGUGUGUGGUAUCUCCUCCCUUGGAUAUGAUCACAUGGAGAUUCUUGGAAAUACUCUUGGAGAAAUUGCUGGGGAGAAGGCUGGCAUCUUUAAGCAUGGGGUUCCAGCAUUCACGGUGCCUCAACCUGAUGAAGCAAUGUGUGUGCUUGAAGAGAAGGCUUCUAAGCGAGAUGUACCUCUUCAAGUGGCACAACCAUUAGAUUCCAACUUGCUGAAUGGCCUAAAACUUGGUCUUGAAGGUGAGCACCAGUAUGUAAAUGCUGGUCUUGCCAUUGCACUAUCUUUUAAAUGGCUUCAAAGGACUGGUCACCUUGAAAUCUCCUACUUGGAGCAAACUAGCUCACUACCUGAGCAGUUUAUUAAGGGGCUAACAACAGCCUGUUUGCAAGGACGAGCUCAAAUUGUUCCUGAUCGUUAUAUCAACACUGAAAGCAAUGGACUUGUGUUUUAUUUGGAUGGAGCCCAUAGUCCAGAAAGCAUGGAAGUAUGUGCAAGAUGGUUUUCUCUCACAAUUAAAGAUGACAACGAGCAAAACACCUUGAAUUGUCCAUCACAGAACAAUUAUCAAUCCAUGCAUGAAUGUGUUGACAAGUACCAUGAUAGAAGAUCUGGUAAAAAUUUCAUGCAGAUAUUGUUGUUCAAUUGUAUGGCAGUGCGGGAUCCUCAGCUGCUUCUUCCACGUCUGAUGAAAACAUGUGCUAGUCAUGGUGUCUACUUCAAGAAGGCGUUAUUUGUGCCCAAUGUAUCAGUGUAUUACAAGGUUGGAUCUCAUGCGUUACCCCCAACAGAUCCUCACGUUGAUUUGUUGUGGCAAUUCGCUCUGCAAAGAUUAUGGGAAAACCUUGUUCAGGGUGAUAAAGGAAGGGAGGCCAAUGAUACAGAUGCUGUUUUUGAAGAAGUUAAAGAUGAUACAGGAUCUAGUGUUAGGACUUGUGCAAACAGUGCAGUCUUUCCUUCUCUACCUUUGGCUAUUAAAUGGCUUAGGGACAGCGUCUAUCAGAAUCGAUCUGCUCGCGUUCAGGUCCUUGUUACUGGCUCAUUACAUCUUGUGGGUGAUGUGCUGAGAUUGGUCAAAUAGUGUGACAUGGGGUGUCCAGUUGCAUGUUCUCCUGCUUGAGAUAUGUGCUGGUAUAGAUGGCAAGCUGGUUUAAAGAUUGGGAUCAUUUUCCAAGUGAGUUCUUUGGUAGUCCCCCCCAGUAUGAUUUGUUGUUGAAGCUAUUGACCGUUCGUGUAAGUGAAUUUUGACAAUGAAUUGGCAGAAAUUUCAAUAUUUUAUUUGUAAUGAGGCCACUGGGGAGACAUGAACACUUCUUGUAAAGAACUACAGAUUACUUCAAAAGGAGAAAUUCCUUUUCUUUCCUUUACGAAAAAUCAUGUAACAAACUCAUUGUUUAAUUUAUAAUAAAUUAGUUCCUUGGAAUGUA